AUGGCCCCAAUCGCUAUACGUUCGCCUGUGUCCUCGUCCCCUGCCGUCGAGCCAGAGGCAAAGAAACAAAAGCUUGCCAACAGUCAGAUCCCCGGUUCUGACCUCGCCGCACCCAAGAGCGACAUUGAAGACAUCCUGAUCUCUAAGACUACUCCCGCAGAGGCAGGAGCCAAGCGGCCCGUGACCAUGGUCGUCAUCGGUGCCGGUGCUCGAGGACAGGUAUACACUGCUUACGCCUUGGAGCACCCAGGUCUCGCACAAGUCGUAGCCGUAGCCGAACCUCGUGCUCAUCGACGUAAAGUUAUGUCCCGUCUCCACUCUAUUCCGAAAGAGUACCAAUUUGACUCUUGGCAGCCCCUUCUCGCUCUAGGUAAGAUUGCCGACGCAGUACUCAUCACUGUCCUCGACGAUCUUCAUGCCGAGCUCGUAUCUGCCUUUGCGCCCUUGGGGUAUCAAAUCCUUUGCGAGAAACCUAUGGCGACCAAACCGGAGGAAUGUCUCAGGAUUGUCAAGGAGGUGGAGGCGAAUCACACUGAUGUAUUCGGCAUUGGACAUGUUUUGAGGUACUCGCCUUACAACAAAGCCGUCAAGGAGGUCAUCGAUUCAGGGGUUUUGGGUGAAAUUGUCAACAUUCAACACAUGGAGCCUGUCGGGAAUCAACACUUUGCGCACAGCUAUGUCCGUGGCAAUUGGAGUAAAGAGGCCCAAACGUCUUUCGCAUUGAUGACCAAAUGCUGCCACGACAUCGACAUCCUCUCCUACUUUCUCUCCGGCCUCCCUCCUAAGAAGGUUCAUUCCUUCGGCUCGAUCCACCACUUCAAAAAGCCCAAGAAACCCGUCCAAGCCGGCCAGGCCAUGAGGUGCACGGAUUGUGCUUAUGAGGGUGAAUGCGUGUGGAGCGCCAAGAAGAUCUACCUAGAAGGACUCGAAGGCGGACGACAUAAAUGGGCCGACCACAUAGUCGAUGCCGACGUAUUAGACAUUGAGAACAUCACCGACGCCCUCAAAACAGGCCCCUACGGCGUCUGCGUGUAUGAAGCAGGCAACGACGUCGUCGACCACCAAGUCGUCAAUAUCGAGUAUGAAGGCGGCGUCACCGCGAGUAUGACCAUGUCUGCUUUUACAGAGUCGAUCUGUGACAGGGGCACGCGGAUCCAGGGUACGAAAGGCGAGCUGAUUGGCGAUAUGGUCACAUUUGACGUAUUCGACUUUUUGACACGUACCAAAUCCCACCACGUCCCGCCGAUCCUCCCAGGCCAUCAUGGCGGCGGUGAUUCCGGCCUCGCAGCCGCUUUUGUGCAAGCCGUGUCGGAGAAAGAUCAGUCUGUACUAGGGGUUACACCGGGAGAGGUGUUGGAUUCGCAUUUGUUGGUAUUUGCUGCCGAAAAAGCGAGGAGGGAAGAGAGAGUUGUCAACUUUGACGCGUUUAAGAAGAGCGUCAUGGUGGAGGGCGCAAAGUGA